GCAGCUCCGACGACACCCCCCCCCCCCCCCCCCCCCCACACACACACACACACACACAGGUAACACAACAAGAGGCAGCAUGGAGAAUGUUUGCUAGGACACAACACAGGACGUAAGAUGGAGUCCAACCCGCUGAUUAACGCUAUGGACCCCUCCGUCACGCUGUGGCAGUUCCUGCUCCACCUACUGGAGGACCAGCAACAGCAUCACCUGAUCUCCUGGACAGGAAAGGAUGGAGAGUUCAAGCUGCUGGACGCUGAGGAGGUGGCUCGCCUCUGGGGCCUCCGCAAGAACAAGCACAACAUGAAUUACGACAAGCUGAGCCGGGCCCUCCGGUACUACUAUGACAAGAACAUCAUAAAGAAGGUGAGCGGUCAGAAGUUUGUCUAUAAGUUUGUGAGUCAGCCCGACCCCGCAAUGCAUGAUGGGAUACGUAACGUAGACCAAGGCCAGAGGAUGGACACCGCCGACCCCAUCAGCCAAUCAAAAUGCCCAGGGGGCGUGGCCUCACCCUAUACAUCAAAGGGCUUACCCCAGCGCUCGUCACCCAGCUCCCAAAAAAGCUCCCGUAACGACUACAUGAAGUCCGGCCUCUACUCCACCUUCACCAUCCAAUCGCUGCAAUCUUCGCCCGGCCCACAGCCAAUCAAAACAGAGUUGCUGCCGCUGCUGCAGCAGGAUUCCGCCUCCAAGGCCAGAGCGGUGUGUGUACAGGCAGAGUCCACGUCGCCCCCGUCAGGAGGAGGAGCAGUUGAGUCCUCCCUCCAGGUGAUUGUGACUCACCCGUCUCCCUGCGAGAGCCCAGCUCUAAGCCCACAGAUACCAGUCAGCACCACCAGCCAAUCCGAGAAUCCUCUUGGUCCUCCAGUGGGCGAGCCUCCUCAGAUUUUCCUCACCAGAGUGGGAGAUCCGUCCUCCCUCAUCCCCCUGGGGGCUGCUGGGCGGGUCGGGAGUCCUUUGCCUCCCCCACACGUGUUGAUGGGCCCCCAGCAGGAUGACUUUGGGGGGGCCACCAACCACCCUCCCGUCUUUGUCAUCAUCAACUCUCCUCCUAACCAUCAGCAGUGUGCUCCUCCCUUGGUCAUCCCUCCCCCCGCCCCCAUCGCCAUCAAGGAGGAAAACCUGCUGUCGGAGGAGGAGCUGCUAGGGAUGGUGUCUCUGGAGGAGAGACGGGUGGAGGAGGUCCCUCAGCUGAUCUGUGGCCCUGGAGAUCCAGAGCCCUCCCUCACCAUCACAGAGAGCCCGCCGCCUCCGUGCAUGGAGCCCGGGGUCGUAGGGCAGCCAGGGCAGGACACGCCCACAGAGCCUACCGCCCCCCCGGUGACCUCCUGCUCCUCGACAGGGCCUCCUCCUGUGACCUCCGAUGCUGCUCCUUCGAAACCCAAGAAGCCUCGCGGCCUGGAGCUGCCCUCCUCACCCUCCCUCCCCCACGGCCUCUCCCUGGAUAAGGUGAAUGCUGCUGUGAACAGUCUCCUGAAUCCUGGAUCAGCAACCAACAGCCUGACGCCCUCCGUCAUCACCUCCCAUGCCCUGACCCCAGUCCUCCUCACUCCUACUCCUCUCCCCUCCACCAUACACUUCUGGAGCACCCUGAGCCCUAUCGCGCCUCGCUCUCCAGCCAAACUGUCCUUCCAGUUUCCCACUAAUGGCAGUAAUCAGAUCCACAUCCCGGCUCUGAGUGUGGAUGGUCUCUCUACCCCUGUGGUUCUGUCCCCUGGCACCCAGAAGUCAUGAGUCCCCUCCGUAGGUGCGGAGGACAACUGGAUCUCAAGUCCAACCAGGAACCACGUUGUUGCUUUGGGGAGAUUUGAUUGGUGAAGUCACAGGAGAAAAUAACUUCUUCCUCUCCUGUAGUGAGAAGAACGGAUGUUUCUCUGGAACCCUGAAUGCAUCAUGAGAAGUGGACCAGACAAUUUUUUCUUCUUCUGCGGAUGCUGAAACGGGCGUAAGGGGCGUUUCUUCCGGUCGCUGGAUUAUUUAUUGGCGAGGAAUUUUUCCUGGAAUUAUUGAUUUCCUGACCUUUGAAAAUGAGCUUCGUAAAUAUUCUUGAGGAGGUCUUUUUUAUUUUGCUCUUUACUCUCUGUUUUUAUAAGAAAAUGUUUAUUUAUAUCCGUUUCCUGUUUCAAGCUGCGGGUAUUUGAAUGCGAAUCAUCAUCGAGGCUCAUGAUUGGUCUCUACCCAGUGACUAUAAAGUUAUUUUGCUUCGCUCUCAUUGGCCAAUUUUUCAAGGCCCGCCUUUCUCUUCUUAUGCAUGCUUUGUUAUUGGACUGGAGUCCACAGCACUGUUUUUGACCCAAUCAAAAAGGAGGGAUAAUGAUGAUAGAUUGUAUAUUUUCUAAAAGAGUUUUCAAAUUUUUAUUGAUGAAUGACUGCAGAUCUUUUUAAUUACAGAACAUCAGUCUGUCUUUCCACGUUGUUCCUGAACGCAUUAAACUUGUUUCAAUGUUCCUCUGCAGUGAUGUUGCCUCAAGUUGUCAUAACAGCAAUGCUUCACAUUCAACCUGGGACAGAGCGACGUGAAGACCCGAAGACCUCAAGACGACCUCAUGACCUACAGACAACCUGGACAGCUAAAGUCAAACAGAAGACCUUAAGACGACCUGGAGACCUAAAGGCAACUCGACACAACCUGAAGACCUUAAGACGACAGGAAGUCCAACCCACUGCUCCUGUUAAGUUGAGUAGAUUGUGACAGCAGUUUUUAUACAGUAACUUUCAUCUGGACCCUGGAGACCUAAAUACUGCCUUAGGACCUAAAGACGACCUAGACUUAUGGACAACCUGGAGACCUAAAGACAACCUGAAGACCCAAAGGCAACUCGACACAACCUAAAGACCUUAAGACGACAGGAAGUCCAACCCACUGCUCUUGUUAAAUUGAGUAAAUUGUGAAAGCAGCUUUUCUACAGUAACUUUCAUCUGACUGUUAAAGCUCCUCAGAAGUAGACCACUAGGUUUGAUAGAAAGCCUGAGGACCAACAAAUGGGAGGAGCUUAUCAACUUGUGACAAUGCUAUUGAACAAAACAUCCGCAAACACAAAGUCUUCUUUGAGACUGAAGCGGACUUGUUGCCGCCCUGCAGGUUCCUUAUGAAGGUCCUCGCUACGACUAGUACUACGUACUAGAGGAACCUAUUGUAUUUCAAGGAAUUAUUUGUACUUUUACUCUGUUUGCCUUUUUGGGGGCUUUUUCAAAUUCAAAAAGUUGUUAAGUUUGGCAUGCAUAUCUGGACUGGUGAAAAAUGUGAGAAUUUUGGCGUAUAAAGAAAUGUCUCUAUAGCGCCCCCUAGAAAUUUGAAAAGUACCACAGUAGGCCAGUUUUUUCCCCGAUGCCUCUUAGACAUGCUCUACAAAAAAGUCAAUCAUGGUAUGCAAAUACGCCAUUUAUAAUUUUGCCACACACAUUUUUGUCCAUUUCUCCUACUAAACGCUGUGUUACAAAAUCUUCAGUGGAUCGUUAUUGGUUCCAAAUCGUGUUGAUAUCUCAUUGCUUUGAAAUUAAUCAGAUCCCUCUCACUCAAAUGUCAGAAAAGACCUAAGACCUUAAUAAUGUUAAAGAUUAGGUUUGCAAAGCAUCAUUCCCAGCAUCGACUGAUUUGCAGGUGCAAGUUUAAAAUUGUUUUCACAGUAAAAACAUCUAAAAUAAAUUAACUUCUUCAGAAUUCACAGUAGAAAAAGAUUUAAUUUCAGUCUUUUUAAAGUAGUUUCACAGGAAUGAAAAAAAUAACGUUUAUGAUUGAAAUAAAACAUCAGUAAUAUUCUUCUCUUCCAAAAUUCUACUUGGUUCUCUGCAGAUGUUUUCAGAUCAUUUUUGAGAUUAUAUAUAUGGGUUAGGGGUUAUAUGGUAUUCAUUAAUCACAUUCAACCAGGUGACUGAUCAGCUGUUUAAAAGGCUUUCAUUUAUGAGUAUGCACACACAUACAUACCAAUAAAGAAUAGAAUAAUAAAGACUAUGUUCAUCCUCAGAUCAGCUCCUGGCGGUGAGAUUUCCCAGCCACUGCAGUGCCUGGAAUGCAUUACCGAGCCAUCAUGUCCCGACUGUUCUCUACUUUUACAGCAUGACUUUAUUUUUCUACCAGAGAAAUGAUUAUAUUGACUUCAAAUAGACGAAGCCUUUAAGAAGAAGUAGUCAUUUCCAGAGAAAUUAGGAACUUUGGACACAGGUUUCUCAAACCAACGUCUUUCAGCGUCGACAAAACUUUUCUCUACAACGGCAGCAUUCAAAAGAAUGUAGUGGCUGAAGCCAGUCACUUCCUGUCAUGUGGCGCCAUAGAUGGAGCGGAAGGUUUCCUGUGCUUUUAUCAUAGUUUCUUCAUCUCUGAAUGGCCUUUUUUCUUUCUUUCGCCAGUACAACAUGAAUAAUGUCUUAAUAUUGUUUAGGACAACGUUGCAUUAUGGCUAGUCCAUAAAUGGAAAUACACACAAAAAAAUGAUGUGCCACCUAUAAGAUUUUUUUUUUAUUAACAAAGUUUAGAAGUACUGUGUUACCGUUGUAAAAGUAAAAAUGCCACAUUGUAGAAGUACUUGGUUAAAGUGGCACAUUAUUAUUUUGCUUGUUGGUGUUUGAUUGGUGGAUAGUGAUUUCACAGUGAAGCUCUCUGAUUAGACGAUGAACUAACAUGGCUAAAAGUAUGUGGACCCCCCCCAUUCCUUCUUAAAGUGAUCAAACUUAUUGAUCAGAGAGUUACUAUGUGGUUAACAUGUGUGAGGGUCCAACACAUGCUUAACCUUCCAUUUCAGGGUAUGAUGACUUCAUUGUUAAAACCUGCUGUGACCUGAUUGGUCGAUAUAUUUUUUAUUGAGUGUAAACAUGAAACAUCAAUGUUAUAAAUACUAUAAUAAUCUCAAUAUAAUCUAUAAUAUUUUGUCCGGCUGAGGAGUCUUAAUGACGUCUUGUUUCUGUAGCCUAACGUCACUGUCAUGCUUGGCCCUGCCCCUCCCCAGCUGUGAUUGUUCGGGUGGGUUAUUGAUGUAAAGGGGCUUGCUUUUUAUUUUUCUGAGAGUUCUACGUGUCAUUUACUGGAAAUAUUAAAAGAUAUUAUUUUGGGA